AUGUACGAGUCGUACAUGCGCCGCAUCGUCUGCGUCAUCAUGUCAGUCUUCAGUGUGAUUUGCGUCGUCGUCAUCCUCUACAUAGCAUUGACGCAUACGCACCAGCAUAAAUCAUGCAGCCAACCCAUGUACUUCCGCUGCCUGAACAGCUCGGACUACGAUCGCGGCGAGGUGAUCUUCGUGCAGCGGGAUGCGGGAUCUCGUCAGCCUGGUCCAGGAUCGUGCCGACCCUGGCACCCGGACAAGGUCUGCGCCCGGGAUUCUCAGGCGCACUUCCGCAAGCGCCGGGACUGCGUACAGACUUGCGAGCUUCGCAGAGACAAGCGUUGCCUGGGGCUUAUCACGGAGAAGUUUCUGCGACCCUGCUCCAGGUCGGCCCAGGACAACCCUCGCCGGUUCUGGCACUACGACCGAGUGCGGCGGGUGUGUGUCAAGUGGGCACCCGCCAUCACGUGCGCGUACAACGCCUUCCGCUCCGUCGGCCAGUGCAAGAUGCUCUGCAUGGUGCCACACCACGACGAAUAA